AUGGUGCCUAUCAGUCCUCAAGACCAAGAUGCCAUGAUGACGUUGAUGCCCCGGGUCCCUCACAAAGGGGCCCUGGUAGCUAAUACUGUCCUUGCAGCGUAUACCUUCAAUCCGCUGCAACACCUUGCGGGGAUCUCUCCCUACUUUGAGCACGAAGAGCCUUACCUCGAUCCAAAUCCCCCGCAAGGAUGCAAUGUCACCAGAGCUGCAUACCUCAUACGACACUCCGCAAUCUAUGCCAACGAUUUCGACUACGAGGAGUAUAUCGAACCUUUUACCGACAAGUUAAAGAAUACCACAGUCGAUUGGAGCAAGGCCGGGCCGCUCUCCUUCCUAUCCACAUGGAAAAUCCCAAUUGACGAUGACGAUCUCGAGGAGCUGACCAGGGUCGGCGAGCUGCAAUCUUUCAUGCUGGGCACAGUUGUUCGCAUACGAUACCCCAACCUGAGGCGGCCACGGAAGAUGUGGACAUCCACCGCCGAGCGCGCAGUGGACAGCGCCUUGUUUUUCAUGCGUGGAAUCACGGAUUGGAACAACAGUACUGAGCUGGUCCAAGUUCCGGAAAACAAGGCUGCCGGGGCUAAUAGUUUGACGCCUUACAAAGGAUGUCCAAAGUACAGCUCUUCGGCAGGGAGUAAAGAGUCUUCAGAAUACAAAGCUCUCUAUACCAAACCACUCAUUGAACGCUUCCGCAAUCUGGCGCCGCAGUUCAACUUCACGUCGGACGAUAUAGUCGGAAUGCAGCAGCUAUGCGGCUACGAAACUGUCAUCCGAGGAUCGUCACCAUUCUGCUCUCCUGACCUUUUCGCGCCCAACGACUGGCUGGCUUUUGAAUACACCGAAGACGUGCGGUACCACUAUAACGUCGGUUAUGGUAAUCCGAUCUCAGGCGUCCUGGGUUUUCCCUGGGUAAAAGCUACAGCGUCGACUUUACUCGCGGAUGAAGCCGAUGAGGAUAUUUACUUAUCUUUCACACACCGAGAACUUCCCCCGACCGUUGUGGUAGCGCUGGGUCUUUUCAAUAACUCAAUGUAUUCGGGGGCCGACGCGCCAAAUGCAACGAUGCCGCCAUCGAAACAGAACCACGCUCGAGCCUGGCGGUCUUCGCGCAUUAUCCCAUUUUUGGGCAAUAUCGCCAUUGAGAAGAUGGCAUGCGACAGCUAUGGAUAUGACGUUGGGGACUACUUCCGGGUCCUUGUCAAUCGCAGUCCCCAGCAAAUGCCCGACUGUGCGGAUGGUCCUGGCGAGAGCUGUUCUAAGAGCAAGUUUGAAGAAUUCAUAAGGCAGCGUGGAGAAUUGUUGGGGGGCUACACAGAUCGCUGUUCGCCCGAGUACAACAACUCAACAGACGUUUUGAGUAUUUAUGAUAACAAUGCCUGA